UAUAGUAUAUUUAUUAUUUGUUACAAAAAAGUACUCUAAAAUGGCUGAUGCCGUAUUAUCGUAAAAAGAUUAAGGAUUAGUAUUGUUUCUUUAAAUUGCAAUCAAUAGAUAUGUCGCCUCAUAAACAACCUAGUAGUCUGCUCAAACUGUGUGUUAAAAGUUCUUUAAAUCUCAUAAACGAAUGUUGCUAUAUGAUUGAAAAAAAAUGUCCAGAAAUUGAAUGCAGGGAUUGUGAAGGGCAAGUGAAAAUUUUAAAAGGAUACCUUAUCUCUUUAUUGCCAGCCAGGUUAUUCGAUGUUCUCUGUCUUGAAAGAGGAUGUUGUCAGUAUCGUGGUGAUCCUAGAGUUCAGCUCAAUGUUUUAUUACAUCCCAAGAUGUCUGUCUUUCAUAAAUGUGAUAUUGACAUUAGCAUUCCUCAAAACUUUUGGGUGCGUAUUAUCCCUUGGUCUAGCUGUUUAGUCGUUCUUGAUUUGAAACUUAUUUGCACUGACGAUAUCCUAAUAGCAAUAGGCACACAGUGUGUCCAACUUGAAGAACUCAACAUUGUUUCCAAAGUUGAUAUAUGCAGGUCUUCAGUCAAUGCGUCUAUUUUAGUACGUAAUGUCUCGGAUUUUGGUCUCGAAUGUUUAACUGAUCUAAAGAAUUUGCGUAUUUUGUCUAUGGAUCCACCUCGAAAUGAACGGGCUAAUCGAGUGGGUGGGUGCGUGACUCAAACGGGGAUCAUCAAGUUAAUUAGGGAGCUGCCUCGUCUCGAAGAACUUCGCAUCGAGUCCUGUGAUAUCGGUUCAAUGUUGAUUGGAUCCAUUCUACCUAUUAAUCCUUUGAGCCUACGUAAAAUCAACUGUCACUUUGUUUCAGCAGAUGGUAUUCGACGGUUAGGUAAAAUUUGUCCACAGCUCAGAGAGCUAACAAUAACACAUUUAUCAGCACACAACAAGGACCAACUUCUGGACGAGUUGGCUUUAGGGGAUUUAAAGCUGCAUAGGUUAGAUAUGUCAUUUUUUUCUUACAGUAAUGCAAUGCAUAAGUUAAUGAAAAUUAAAGGCAGUUACAUAACACAGUUUUCUCUAUGGGAAAUCGACCAUUCUCUAAAUUUGGAAGCAGUCAUCAAUCUGGGUGUAUCUUGUCCAAAUCUCACCUCUCUUUGUAUUAUAACACAGUCAAAAUACUUGUCAGUACCAAAAUUCUUCGAAAGGCCAACAAAUAUCUUUCGCAAUCUUCAUAAACUAACAUUAGGUAACGAAAAUUUCAGUCUAGGAGAAAUUUUGAUGUUCUUUCUACAAUGCACACAAAAAUUGCAAAAAUUAACAUUAAAAUAUCAAACAAAAAUAUCGAUUGACAGUGCUUUGAUUCAAAUGUUACAGAAGGGUUACAUAAAAAAUAUUAUCAAUUUAUGGCUAGAUUGUACAUUAGUGGUUUCCAAGGAUGUUGUGAAGCAAAUAAUUGACGGAUGUGAACAUUUGCAGUUGUUAACAGUAGAUUUGACAGAAGACAUGAGUGAUAUACUUUCAUAUAUAGCGGAUAAUAAUUUAGAUUUAAAACUAGGUGGCUAUUGAUUAGGAACUACGAUAAAGGGUCACAUUGUUUUUAGGAAAUAACUCCGAAAGGAUUAAAGAUUCCGCUAUUAUAUUAUAAUAUAGAAGUGGUCCUAAAGUAUUAAAAGUUUAAUUAUUUUGACUCCCAAAAAUUAUUUAUGUCCUACAAGAAACUGUCAGAAUUAUUUUAUUGUGUAUUGGUAAUAUGCAGAUUCUUAGAACGUUUAAUAAUAUUAUUGUGAACAUUCCAUAUUUGUGUCGUCUAGCAUAAACAUCCGUCAGAUCCAUAAAGGUCAAUUUUACAAUAAAUGACUUGCAGUUACGAAUUACAUACCAUUUUAUACAUUUUAAGUAAAAUUACUUUAUUCGAAUUUCUGAACAGUCUAAAAGAAAUUAUAUACAGCUUUUAAAUGAAACAACUUAAAUAAAUGUAAAUAAAUGGACUUGGCGGGAUUUUAUAUUGAAUUAUGGAUCUGACGGAUUUUGUUAAUCAGCUCAUUGGAUGUAGCGGAUGUUGAUACUGACUCUUAAUAUACAGGAUGUAUUGAUGUAUAAAUUCAAAAAGGGAAAUUCAUGAGCUAUUUUAGAAAAUAAUAUUAAGCACUAAUAAUUAAAACUGUUUACGUAUUAAUAUUUUUUUAAUUAAUGAACAAAACACAUUAACAAAUCGCUAAGAUUGAUAAAAAUAUGAAUGAAUGAAGACAGGUAUUUAAGUGAAAAAGGAAAAAUGUUAUUAUAUAAAAUUAUCGCUUUCUUCCAGAGCGACACACUGAAGAUUCUCAUAUUCUUCAAAAUUGUCAUUAUUUUCUUCUAUUUCUUUAAAAUAUUUCAAAGUGUCGAUUGUCCUCCAGUCUUCACCGUAGUGCUUUUCCAAAAGGUUAGCAACAUCAAGUAUUUUUUUGGGGUUAACUUUAUUGCCUCUUCGUAAAAUUGCAGGUGCCAUUUCAGAUAUUUUCUUGUCUCGUUUCGUUACAUAUUUUGGUUGCCCAAUUUCACUCCGAUAAUUUUCUUCUCACUAACGUUCUGUCGACCCCUGUGCAGCAUAAAACGCUUUGAGGGAUUGAACUUGAAAUGCCAAGAUCCUGGAAUUUUUAGUGUUUUAUUGAAGGCAGAAGGCCUUCCAGUCACGUACUUCGACAUCGUCAUCACCUAAAUGAGUACACGCAUGUUCCUUGAAUAAAUUCACAUAAAUUUGUGGAUGAUUUUGUUUAUGAUGGAUCUUUUCUUUUUGGUUUUUUUUUUUCAAUCUGCAAAUAUGCGGUCCUGUGGCAAAAAAGAGUGGCCUACCAUGGGAAAUAUAAUUUCAAGUUGAUUUACAUGGUAUGGUGCAUUAGUAACCAACCAACUGCAAAACAUGCCCAAAAGAGGUGUAUUUUUAUUCUGGCCUCUGCGGCAGUUCUGUAGUAUGAAAUUAUCUGGAUCAAGUUUAUUUUGCAAUUUGUAAAAAUUACGGUGCAUCCGAACAAUGUCUUGCCGUCUUUAUUGCCGAACAAUGAAAAAUUGUAUUUUUUUUAUGAUUGCAUGCACUGUGGAGGUUGCGGAAAGGAUUUAGGAGCAUAUCUGAAAAAAAGUGUAAUAUUUUAACAAGUUAUGUAUGAAAAGCACUUUUUAGCGUCAUGUAAACGUCUCCUUUUUUCAUUCAUUUGGUGUAUUAUAGUUUUACUAAAUAAAUUAGGAGGCAUUUUAUUUAUUAAGGUUCUAUGAUAGUACCGAAGUGAAGUGAAAGUAAAUAAGAGUAUUUAAAAUGUAUCAUGUCUUCAACAGAUCGUCCAAAUUAACUAAUUUCAUGAAAUUAAUUUUAAUGUGAUCGACUCUUGGAAAAGAAGUACUCUUACCGGUACUAAUUUUUACUCAAAACUGUAGAAGUAUAGCAAUCUCAAUGAAAUUUUAACUAAUUUAUUAAUGAAAUCCAUAGAGUUCAAGAAAAUGUAACCAUAUAGGCAUAUUUUUUAAUUUUCUGGUAAUAAUGUAGCUGGCGGGUUUUGAUACUAGACGACACAUUUUUUAUUCCAAUAGAUACUGCAAUUUUCUGAAAUCUGUUAAGUGUUCAAUUUCUUUAUAAAAUUAUGCGUUCCAUCAUUGCUGCUGCCAUUAACGGUCUUGAUGGAAGCUGAUUUAUCUUGUUCCCUGUUUUCAGAACCUUUGCACCCAUGAUAAGAUAAUUUCUGUACCGUAGCAUGACAACAAAAAUAACGCAACGAAACAGAGAUUCAUCGCACUUGUUUUGAUACACGUAUCUGUUCUGCAACUCCUGCAUUGAGCUAAAAGGUGACACUGAUUUUAAUGAAGCAAUUUCUAAACUCAUUAUUUAGGGAUUAUUCCACAUUUUCCUGAAGCUGCGGAAUUCAACGAUAUUUCAUUUUGGGGAAAAAAAUCAAGGACUAGUUAAGAUGAAUUAUUUAUUCACAGCCUUAUAGCAAUGAAGUAAGAUUUUGCUUCUAGGGCAUUGCUGUCUUAUUUUUCAAGACUUUUUGUAAACUAGCCCUUUCAUCCUCUAACUACAACUAAGCUUUCCAUAGUUCUACAAAUAUGAAUUUGUCCUCGGUAAAUUUAAUUCAUGUACAAUUAUAAAAACUUAUGUGACCCUUGUACGACAUAAUGUAUUGCGUAAGUUUUGUAUUUAAUAUAAUUUAAUUAUAACUCUAAAAAUAAACAUUUUUUAUUUUAAA